UACACGGCAAUGUUUUCAGGAAUAUAGAAGCUAUGAGUGAAUCAGCUGAGAGCGCAUGUUUUGCCUUAAACAGUCUACCAGAACUUCCGUUCCGACGAAUCGUUAGCUUUUUGUCACCGGGUGACCUCCUUCGUCUCGCCUCAGUUUCACGUGAGUUGUUCGAGCUCAUCCGCCGCGAUGACUCGCUUUGGGUCGCCCAUCUCGAAGAAUAUGCGUUUGGCCGUUGGGACGAAGUACUCAAAGAUGUAUCUGUCCUUGACGGUGACCCCUAUAUUUCGGAUUGGUUUUCGCAUCAUUUUCGAAAACUUCAUCAUCACCGACAGAAAGCGUGGCGCGAACGUAACCCGGAGAAAAAAGAAGUGCGCUUUCCAAAGGGUAAAGUAGAUGAAACGUCCUCAAAGCGACGCAAGGAAUUGACCGACGAAGAGAAAAACGGUUCUUCCAGCGAUGAUUACGAAAACGCCUACGAAAGUUGGAUUCGCAUCCAUGACCCGUUGUUUACAAUUGAACGGACGAUUUUACAGGCAUCAUAUGAGCAAUACGAGGAUGACCCCUCGAAGCUGCCCGCUGGGGUGCUCAGGAGAAGAUAUGUUUACGAUAUCGGCCUAUACAAACGCAAGGUAGUACAUGUUUGCUUUCUAUUUAGAUUACCUUAUCUCCUUCUGAACCCGCUAAAUCUCGAGUAAAGUUUAUUGAGAGGUUUCCACACUGGCCUGUGGCCAAAUUAGAGCAAUAAUACUAAUAAUAAUAAUAAGUGAAGUUAAGUUACCAAGGUAAACUGAGAGUUCCACGUCGAUGUAUUGGAUAUUGAAGGAUGCUUGCUUGCAUCCCGCAGUUGAUGUACGGCAAUUGGUAACUGAUUACCGAAAUAUCAUUUGCUGUAUGAGACUGAUGGCAUCGUUUGCGCUUGAAAAUUAAUGGCCAGCAUCGUCGUGCGAUUACAUCGUAGAUUUUAGACCCAACCUAAGUCAGCCACGACGCCGCUGUAUAUUAAACACUUCUUUAUUAGUGUUUGUGCGCUCUGGGCGCAAAAUGCUACACGGAGAGGAAAUAUCUGGACCUACCCUCUUAGUUUCAGUUGGUACGUGUCUGGCAAAUAGUUUCCUAAUGAGGUUCCCUCGCUACGACUAUAUCCUAAUCUUGGCCAAAAAGUUGGCUAAGCAAAGUUCCUAGCGGAUUGGGACGUUCCCAAUUCCCACGUAAUUACAGUGAGUUUUAUACCAACACUAUUAGCUGUGCAAACAUUUUUCGCUUGUCGUAAUAAAAGGGAAGUAGUAAUAGCUCUUUUUUUUUUAAAUCUUGCUUUAAAUUGAUUUCUUCAUUUAGAAUCCUACAAUCAACUUUCGUAAUAACUUGACCCAAGGCGUAAUCGACAAGUUAACGGAGCUUGGUCAAGGCCGAGAACGGGAUCUACUUUGUAGAAAACACCGGUUUUUGCAGACAAAUUACGUCACCGUCCAGCGGUUGAAUCCAGAGUUGGAAGCGGACCCAGGCGACCCUACGUCAUGUUUGGACAUACAUUUUCCUGUAAUGAAUGGAAUUCCUAUGGCACCAUUGUUCAGUUGCAGAGUCAGCCAAGUACGUAUACCAAUCAAGACAUCUCACCACUAACAGUUGUACCGUAACCUUGAUCGUAUAGGUCGCUCAUAGUUGAGGAAGAACUUAGACACAAAACAUAUGGUCUUUAUAUAAUAGUGCUUUCCAUUUCAUCAUGACUACCUUUCAUGCAGGUUGGGACUACGAGCCUUUCGUCAGUCUGCGGUGUGACGGGUGCCCAUGCUCUUCGAUUACAGCUGUAUGUCGAGGCCAACUUUGAUGCACACUUUCGAAAUUAUCGUAAAGACAUAGCCGCAGAGACUAGGCAAAUUGACGAUGGAGGGGGUCGGCUGCUUCGUCGUUUCUGCAACGAGAUGGAACUUUUUGAAGCUGAGGCAGUUUAUCGUAGGUGCCCCAAAAACCUUCAGACACUGAAAAAGAAAACUCCGCUCGAGCCAUUACUGUUUGAUGCUGACUGCUUACUUGAAGGCGGAAAAUCCAAUUCUGAAGCUGUGGGAAACCUUGUCAAGUUGAUUCCCUUUAGCAGCCAUAGGAAUGGUAGAUGGAGGAGAAUGUGGCGUAGUUGGCUUUUGGAGGAUCCCACCGUCGAUCGUUUCGUCGCAAUCUCCAGAUGGAAAAUUCGUCAACGACUCAACCGAAUGGUAGGCAACGGUCUUGACAAAUACGCGCAUGAAAACUAUAUUAUUGUCGUUCGAUAAAUGGCCAAACAGAUUUGUCAUCACUACGGUUUACCACCAUCGAUAAUCGCUCAUGUCGUCAUUAUUGAUCACAGUAAACUUUUCGAUAUUCUAAGCACUAGAUAAAAGAAGGAAAGCUACCCUCUUCCAACGUAAAUGUAGACAUUGUUUUUAUUAUCGCUAUCGC